AUGGGGGGGGACCCAGACGCUUGCUCCCAGCCACCGCCACCUGCCCGCCAUCCUAGCCCGGAAGCAGCAACAGGUAGGAGGCUCGGAUCUCCACUGCACAGCUAAUUCCUCUGCCGAUUGCAGCCUUGGUCUGUCUGCCUGGGAAUGAACGAAUGAGUGAGCGAAUGAAUGACUUUCUACUUCUGCGUCUCCAACAGUCUGUCUCUCCCCCAGCCCUUCCAGUCCCUCCCUCUCUCUGUUCCUCUGUCCUCUCCUCUGUCCCUUUAUCCCCGCUGUGCCUCACUCUGUCCCUCCAUUUGUCCAUCUCUCUCUCCUUUCCCACCCCCUUACUCCAUCCCUCCAAGAUCCUCCACCUCCCCUUCUCUGUCCCCACUCUGUCCCUUUGUCCCCUUGGAUCAACCUGUCCCUUUCUUUACUGCCCUAUCUGUCCUCCCCUCCCUCUACUCCUUCCGUGGCUCCAUCCCUUCAUCUCCACCCCCCCACCCAGUCUAUUUCUUCUGGGCCUCAAUCUAUCCCUCUAUCACUUAGUCGUGUCUCUCUCCGACCCUCCCUUUGUCCCUCCAUCCUCUCUGCCCCUCUCCCAUUCCUGCCUGGGUUACCCCCCCACCCCCACCCCCAGCCCUCUCUCUGGCUGCUAAUGAGCAGAGGAGCCUUUGAGGUGGCCAGGGCUGGGGUGGGGGAGCUCCCCAAGGGGGCCGGAGGGGGCAGCUGCUGCCAAGGCCCUAAUGAGGCCCCCUCUGCGCCUUUCCCGCCGCGAUCUUAAUUCCAUGUUCUCCCCGGAGCCACCGCUAAUUGGCCUGGGGAGGGCCCCCUCCUGGCUCCUGCUCUAUCCGCCAGGGGGCUGAGGACACCUGGAUCCCGAUCCAGCACCUGUGGCCCUGUUCUCCCGUCCCUCCCUCCACCUGCCUCUAGGUACCCCAUCCCAUGUACCCCUCCACCAUCUUCCCAUGCCCCUCUCCUCCCUGUUCCUCUGUCCCUCCUUUGGCCUUCCUCUUGGUCCCCCAUCUGUACGUCUCCUCAUUCCUCUUUCUCUGUUUUCCUGUCCCUCCCUCCAUCUCUGGGCACCCCAUUUGUACGCUCUUCCAUCCACAAGCCUGUCGCCGGGUCCCAGUAUCACUGCCAUCCUUACCUGGGGACUCAGACUGGCCCCAGUCUAACCCUCUCGGCCCCCCACUCCCGCCCUGCUUUUAAACUCUUCCCCGCCCUCAGCCAUGUCCAACAACAUGGCCAAGAUCGCGGAGGCCCGCAAGACGGUGGAACAGCUGAAGCUGGAGGUGAACAUCGACCGCAUGAAGGUGUCGCAGGCGGCGGCCGAACUCCUCGCCUUCUGCGAGACGCACGCCAAGGACGACCCGCUGGUGACGCCGGUACCCGCUGCGGAGAACCCCUUCCGCGACAAGCGCCUGUUCUGCGUUCUGCUCUGAGUCUUCCUGACCGCUUACCCGCCCCUGCCAAACUAUGGACCCAAUAAACGUGGUGACUGUGGUGGGACCCGUGCUUUGGGGGAAUGUGAGGCACGCCCAGAACUUGGGACCGUCAUGGAGGAACCUGUGUCCCUUCUCAUCUCUUCUGAGUGUGUGUGGAAUGUGUUGGGGGGCGAGGAUUCGCGGGGUGUGUGUGGGCGCGAGGCUUGCACGGGAGGAAAUGCGCUCUCUGGGCUCUGACCUCCACAGAGCACUCCACGAUCCUGAAUUUAUUUAAUCAUUUCCAUAGCCCCAGAAGGCAGCUGGCUGCUUGUAUAGUACCUAUUUUGCAGAUGAGGAAACUGAGCCAAAGGAGGUCCCUUAUUCCAAGUCACAGAGUUAGGAGGUAAUGGGGUGAGGACCAUGGCCUCCAGCGCUGAAUCUCCAACCCCUGAGCUGGCCUCUCUCCUCUCUUGGGAUGUAGAUUUUUAGGAGUCCCUGUGCCCGUCGCCCCUUUCUCACCUCCCUGAAUGACCAACCCCUGCCGCAGGCUUCUUACCUCUGUCCUUAGCACUGAUCUCUGUUUGUUGUUCAUUCAU